GCAUGUUCCCACUUCGCCUGCGACCUGUGGCAUAUUACACCUAAUACACAACAUGAGGAACACUGAAGGGCUGUACAUUGCCGAUGAAAAUGUGGGAGACGAUACGGAGCCGAUACCCUUCAUGCCCGCCGAUUAUCUCGACAUCAUAAAUGGCGAUGUUGAAUAUGAGGCCCACCAUGACCUCGAAUCAACCUAUUGGCUCCUGGUAUGGAUCAUUUUGAGACAUACGGACCAUGACCACCCACAAGGGAAUCGAGCCUGCGGACUCCUCUUCACACCUGGGGACCUAAUACAGUGCCGAGCCGCGAAAAGGAGUUGGCUGAACGAGGGUUCCCCUGUUUCAAUUCGUGGCAACACGCCACUUACCCACCUUCUGCACAAGCUCACGAGGAUGUGCAACCAAAAUUUGUCGCACAGGGAGAGAGAAAGAAUCCCUCUGACUCACGAGGCAUUUUUGGGUGCGAUGCAGGCAGCACACAGAGAACACGGCUGGCCGCUGAACGACGACAUGCUCCCGUGGGUGCCUCCGGAACCGGCUGGUGAUACCGAAGACAGCGAUUGGGAGAACGAUUCCGUCAUCGUUUUAUGCACUUCGGAGGUCGAUGAGGAGAACGUUGAAUCGAGGGGUGCGAGCCGGGAUGCCCGCCUACCAACCACCAGCGAGGUGGACAACCAGCUGGACGCACAGGUCGACGAUGUUACGGACGACCUGCGACGUUGGGCAUUAGAUUGGUAG